UCUCGUGCAUUCCACUCGCUUCCCUUCUCUGCUAUUAUUUGUUCCUCUUCGGUGUCCGUUUCCAGCUUAGCUACUGACCCUUUUCAUUUUGGACAAAUCAGCGUGAAAUUCUCGGGAAGUUCGUGAUCGAACCCAUUCUUAGCCGUUCGAUUAUCUUCCGGAAAAACCAUCUUGCAUCAGCAAAAUUUUCCUCUCUUUUACCUCUCUGUACCAGUGAAGGCCCAGGUGCUUGUCUAGCAUUUGGCAGCUCAGAUUUCAAUAAAUGGGCUGUGUGCAGACUAAAGGAAGAAGACAAUUUCCCGGGCAUGAAGAUCCAGUCAUUCUUGCUUCGCAAACAGCAUUUAGCGUCAGCGAAGUUGAAGCACUUUUUGAGCUUUACAAGAGCAUAAGCAGUUCUGUGAUUGAUGAUGGGUUAAUAAACAAGGAAGAAUUUCAGUUGGCUCUUUUCAAAAAUAGAAAGAAAGAGAAUCUCUUUGCAAAUCGGGUUUUUGAUCUGUUUGACGUUAAACGGAAGGGAGUUAUUGAUUUUGGAGACUUUGUCAGAUCCCUCAAUGUCUUCCAUCCCAAUGCCCCACAAGAAGACAAGAUUGAUUUUUCAUUUAAACUUUAUGAUUUGGACAGCACGGGCUUCAUUGAGCGCCAAGAGGUCAAGUUAAUGUUAAUUGCACUUCUUUGUGAAUCUGAAAUGAAGCUGGCCGAUGAGACGAUUGAAAUGAUUCUUGAUAAGACUUUCAUGGAAGCUGAUGUAAACCAAGAUGGGAGGAUAGACAAAUCCGAAUGGGAAAACUUUGUAACUAAGAAUCCGUCGUUACUAAAGAUCAUGACUCUACCAUAUUUGAGGGACAUUACAACGACAUUUCCAAGUUUUGUGUUUAAUUCAGAGGUGGACGAGAUUGCUACAUAGAAAAAGAAUAGUAGUAGGAAGAUUAUGCAGUUAGUGUGGGAGAAGUGGGAAGGAUAAUUUGAUGUAAGAUCUUCAUUGCUUGAUGGAGGAUAGGGUUGGUUUCUCAGUCAAAUUGUAAAGCACCUUCCUUCUGAUUGAAAUUUUUCAAUUUUUCAUUUUUGGCAAUGUUUUGCUUGUUCAUCAAGUUAGUUCAAUCUUUCUUUUCCUCA